GGAAGAAGCGGCGGCACCCGGCGCUUAUAGGGCCGGGAAUGGGGGUGCCACCGCCACCUAGUCAGCGCUGUGUCCGCCGGAGCUCGGCCGCGGCCGCGCAGUCAUCUCGGCGCCCCCGCCCAGUGGCAAGCAGCAGCACAGUGACUGUGCCUGAAACCUUGCUGUUUGUGUCAACCUUGGACGGAAGUUUGCAUGCCGUCAGCAAGCGGACGGGCUCAAUCAAGUGGACUUUAAAAGAAGAUCCAGUCCUGCAGGUCCCAACGCACGUGGAAGAGCCUGCCUUCCUCCCAGACCCCAAUGAUGGAAGCCUGUACACGCUUGGGGGCAAGAAUAACGAAGGCCUGACGAAACUUCCCUUUACCAUCCCAGAGUUGGUUCAGGCAUCCCCAUGCCGAAGCGCAGAUGGAAUCUUGUACAUGGGUAAAAAGCAGGACAUUUGGUAUGUCAUCGACCUCCUGACCGGGGAGAAGCAGCAGACCUUGUCAUCAGCCUUUGCAGAUAGUCUCUGCCCGUCAGCCUCCCUCCUGUACCUUGGGCGGACAGAAUACACUAUCACCAUGUAUGACACCAAGACCCGAGAGCUCCGCUGGAAUGCCACCUACUUUGACUACGCAGCCUCACUGCCCGAGGACGAUGGGGACUACAAGAUGUCCCACUUUGUGUCGAACGGCGACGGGCUGGUGGUGACAGUGGACAGUGAAUCUGGGGACGUCCUGUGGAUCCAAAACUAUGCCUCCCCGGUCGUGGCCUUCUACGUGUGGCAGCGGGAGGGUCUGAGGAAGGUGAUGCACAUCAACGUUGCUGUGGAGACCCUGCGCUACCUGACCUUCAUGCCUGGGGAGGUGGGCCGCAUCACUAAGUGGAAAUACCCGUUUCCCAAGGAGACCGAGGCCAAGAGCAAGUUGACGCCUACCCUGUAUGUUGGGAAGUACUCCACCAGCCUGUACGCCUCCCCCUCCAUGGUGCACGAGGGCGUCACCGUUGUGGUUAUCAACCUGGUUGACCAGCCUUCAGAAAACGCGGCCGCCACCGUGUCUCAGGAUGUGGAGGAGAAGCUGGCUCGCGCCGCCGCCAAGCCUGAGGCCCCUGUGGACUCCAUGCUCAAGGACAUGGCCACCAUCAUCCUGAGCACCUUCCUCCUGGUCGGCUGGGUGGCCUUCGUCAUCUCCUACCCGCUGAGCAUGCACCAGCAGCGGCAGCUCCAGCACCAGCAGUUCCAGAAGGAGCUGGAGAAAAUCCAGCUCCUGCAGCAGCAGCAGCUGCCCUUCCCCCCACCCGGAGAGUCGACGCAGGACCCCGAGCUGCUGGACACAUCCAGCCCCUACUCAGAGAGCUCAGGGACCAGCAGCCCCAGCCCGUCCCCCAGAGCCUCCAACCACUCACUGCAUUCCAACGGCUCUGCCUCCAAGGCUGGUACCAGCGCCUCCCUGGAGCAGGACGACGAGGAUGAGGAAACCAGCAUGGUGAUAGUUGGAAAAAUUUCAUUCUGCCCCAAAGAUGUGCUAGGCCACGGAGCUGAGGGCACCAUUGUGUACCGGGGCAUGUUUGACAGUCGCGAUGUGGCUGUGAAGAGGAUCCUUCCCGAGUGUUUCAGCUUUGCAGACCGUGAGGUCCAGCUGCUGCGAGAGUCAGACGAGCACCCCAACGUGAUCCGGUACUUCUGCACGGAGCGGGACCGGCAGUUCCAGUACAUUGCCAUCGAGCUGUGUGCGGCCACCCUGCAGGAGUAUGUGGAGCAGAAGGACUUCGCCCACCUCGGCCUGGAGCCCAUCGCCUUGCUGCAGCAGACCACCUCAGGCCUGGCGCAUCUCCACUCGCUCAACAUUGUUCACAGAGACCUGAAGCCCCACAACAUUCUCCUCUCCAUGCCCAACGCACACGGCAGGAUCAAGGCCAUGAUCUCCGACUUCGGCCUCUGCAAGAAGUUAGCCGUGGGCAGGCACAGUUUUAGCCGCCGUUCUGGGGUACCUGGCACCGAAGGCUGGAUCGCCCCAGAGAUGCUGAGCGAAGACUGCAAGGAGAACCCUACCUACACGGUGGACAUCUUCUCUGCAGGCUGUGUCUUCUACUACGUCAUCUCGGAGGGCAGCCAUCCUUUCGGCAAGUCCCUGCAGCGGCAGGCCAACAUCCUCCUGGGCGCCUACAGUCUCGACUGCUUCCACCCAGAGAAGCACGAAGAUGUCAUUGCACGUGAGUUGAUAGAAAACAUGAUCGCGAUGGAUCCCCAGCAGCGGCCCUCGGCGAAGCACGUGCUGAAGCACCCCUUCUUCUGGAGCGUGGAGAAGCAGCUCCAGUUCUUUCAGGACGUGAGUGACCGGAUAGAAAAGGAAGCCCUGGAUGGCCCGAUCGUGCGGCAGCUGGAGAGGGGUGGGCGGGCCGUGGUGAGGCUGGACUGGCGGGAGAACAUCACUGUGCCCCUCCAGACAGAUUUGCGUAAAUUUAGAACCUACAAAGGUGGCUCUGUCAGAGAUCUGCUGCGAGCCAUGAGAAACAAGAAGCACCACUACCGGGAGCUGCCUGUGGAGGUGCAGGAGACGCUGGGCUCUCUCCCCGACGACUUCGUGCGCUACUUCACGUCCCGCUUCCCGCAGCUCCUCUCACACACCUACCGGGCCAUGGAGUCCUGCAGCCACGAGAGACUCUUCCAGCCCUACUACUUCCACGAGCCCCCGGCGCCCCAGCCCCCAGCGCCUCCGGACACCCUCUGAGCCUGGGCGACGCUUCUGUUCUGGUGGCCCCAGCUGUGACAGCGGGCCUGGUCUCUAGUCGGGAGCUUGACACCACGCCAGCUUAGCAGGGAGACCAGGCCUCCCAAACCAAGUGCCUUGAGCUGCCCCCUCUGCAGCCAGCAGAAGAUAAUGCUCCCCGCAGGAAAUGGGGCCUGCGAGACCCCCAGGGAGCGAGGAGGAAGUCAGCCUUGGAAGCCGCUCUCUAGCUCGGAGAUGGCUGCAGAGGCAGGCUGGCCACAGAGGCCGUGAGAGGAGCCCUGCCGACCCUCUGCUGGACGAGCUCAUCCGACGAACGUCUCUGUAAAAUUCCUGUCUGACGUCAGUCUGUGGGCCUUUGAGAAAGGGAGCGGAAGAGUGCUAGGUUUUGCCUGCAUGCUGGGGCUGGCUUUGCUGGGGUGCAGGCGGGGCAGCCUUUGCUAGAAGUGGGCUCGAGCAGCGAGGGACGGCGAGGAGGACGCUCAGAGGUGCUGUUCCGGGCAAAAGGUCCCUCGCUGAUCACAGGUGUGCCCAGAGCCUCCCAGCUUACGGAUAACAGCGUUUCCUUAGGUCGCAAGGCUGGUGGCGUAAGGCGUGAAGGUAGGGACCGGCCGGCGGUGGGCAGGAGACAGGUCUGCGGGUCCCUGGAGGUGAAGAGGGUGCUCGGUUCUGGAGGCAGCGCUCACCCAGAGCGCGGGUUGAACGGUAAUCUGUGGCGGGUUGUGUCCUGGGCCGCUGGGGCAGGAGAUGAAGAGCUCCCUGGCCACUGGGGAGGGCAGCAAAGGCCACAGGGGACAGGUCUUCAGGAUGAGGGGGGAGCAACUGAGUGGGAGCCCCCUCGGCCACCUGGAGAAGGUCCUGACCAGCUGGUGGGGUUAGGCUGCUCCGCUUCUGCGGCCAGCAGGUCCGGACGCAUACGGGGAGUCGGGGCCUGGCGCCUGGGGGCCAAGGCCGGAGUCACUGUGGGCUUUGUGGGCCAGCUUCUGUGUUUCUCCUGGCAAAUGUCAAUGGCUGUGUUUCGAUCACACUGAAAAAUGCUAUAUUAGCAGAGUAACUUAACGUGAACUAAACGUGGACUUACUUGUGAAGAAGAAAUGCAGGGUACAGUGUCUUCUAUUUUGCGUGGUACCAAAAGUCUCCAUCCCCUCAAGAGUAUUCUGGUGGAACUCUCUGACAGUGAAGGGUAAAACAUUCUAGCAACACUAUGUAAAUGUAUUAAUGUCAAAGUAACGUUCCCUGAGUUAGGCAGUAUGCUUUUUUCUCUAAAACGAGUAUCAUUUUAAAAUUUAGUUUCAGUCAGAACUUCUUUUCCCACCUGAGAGCCUUAGAGGUCAGGAUGCAGCGGGUGCAUGGGAGGACGUGCUCUGUGUCCGCUUCCUCCGGCCAGUGAGGGCCGCUGCAUCCGGCCUGGCAAGCUGAGUCCCGCUUCCGUCGUUCCCAAGUCAGAGUGGCAUCGGCAGUUUUGGGCAUCGAUAGGAGUCACUCCUGCUUCUCCUGUGAGAAGGAUUGUUUGUGGAUUGUUUGUGUCAAGGCCACUCGUCCAAAGAUUGUUCUGCUUCUGAAGAAUUCAGUUCUGCUUUCAUAAAUAUCAGUAUGAGCUUGCAUCUUUGACCCUCACGAAUGACCCUGCUCAGGCCUUGGAACCUCAGCCUUUCGCUUGGCUUCCUGGGCAUCUCCUACCGCGUGGUUCAUCUUCCAGGACGUGGCUAGACUGGUUUUCUCUGCUUCGGUGCAUCUCUGCCAGCUCUGCCUUCUGCAGUGCCCGCCGCAUGGCUCUGAGGGGUGACAGCCCAGGAGAGUGUCGGGAGGUGAAGGAGGUGCCCUGUGUCCUCUGACAGGACUGACACGCUUUUUGUGGCCGAGUUUUCCCCCCAGGAAGUGCUCAGGUGGUUUCUAGUGGCCCGGUUUGUUGUCAUCUCCCUGUUUUUAGAAAGCCUGGAGACAGUUUUCUCAGAUUCCUUUUCCGCUCAUCAGAUAGAUUCACCUCUUACCAUCCAUGUUUCCCAGACGCCUUUAUUCAGCAUAUUUUAGUUGAGGAUUCACUGCAUUGAGGUGGUAGGUCCCAGGGGGCUAGGACAUCCAAGGAGCGGGAGAGGCCGACCUCCGCUUUUGUAAGGCUUCUUGUGAGACGGCCGACAGCAAAUAAGCAGAGUGCUACAAAGAACCCAAGCCAGGGGGAAGGGCAUGUGUUUGGGGUCUGCACACCUGCCUUAAAAUGCCCCGUCCCAGACUGUCGGCCCUGGUCAGGUCGCCUUGCCCGUCCUCUCUGCCCACCUUCAGGACCCCGGCACUUGUCAGUUGUCCCGGUUUGUCCGAAGAGCUCUCCUGGAGACAUUUGUUUUGAAGACAUCUUGGGCGCCCUCUAGCUAUCCAGUUUGAGUCUAGAAUUGCAGUUUCCCACUGUGCUCAUCCGGGGCAGCUGUCUUUCAGAGGCCGGAACAGCUCUGCAACCCUGUACCUCUUAGUUCAAGCUACAGGGCCGUUUAACUUUUUAGAAGUACGUUGUCUCCAUCUUUACGACAGUGCUGAAUUGCAUCCGCUAGGAAUCAGAGAGCCCUGGAAUUCAUGUGGGUCUUGUCUUGAGCCAUGUAUGGAACCCCUCUGGCCCAUGUGCCAGAAUUUCUCUCGUUGCUUCUUGAGUCUUUAAUUUCAGUUGUUGAAAAGUGCUGCUGUCACUAGGCACCGAAGCGUUUGCACUUUCAGGAGCACCGGUGUCACCCGAUCGGUCACGAGGCCGUGUGGCGGCUGGGCGUGAAGCCCGGGUGCACGUCUGCCCUUGGUGCGGCAGCUGUGUCUCACCGGGCUCUUCCUGAGACGGCACUGCUCAGCCACAGACCAGCGCUGAGCCGUGGUCCGGCGAAACGCUUUCUCCCAGCUCUAGAAGUGGUUUUGUGUGUGGUCGGUGAUCCUGUUACCACUGGUGGUUCCUUCUCACUGCAGUAAGAGAGCAGUUAAUUGGCUGCUGAGAGGAGCUCCCGCAGAAGCAGCCUGGGCAUGGCUGGCCUCUCCCCGCCCCGCCACUCUGUUCAGCAGCUGAACUGUGGCCGAGGGUAGUUUUGCCCACGUUUCCCUUCUCCAUUCACUGGAUCCUUGUUUCCAUCACUCACUGGUCAGAAGGUGUCAGGAGAGCUGGCGGGGAGCGGAUGGAACCGCGUUCACCGUGCGUUCUCUGGUUUUGGAACUGGCAUCCGCGUUUCCCGGCGUCUCCCUCAUCCCGGUGCGGUGGUGGGGCUGACUGGCCCGGCCUGGGCGUUUCCUGGAAAGGGGGCAUCAGUCAUCCUGUGCGGGGAGCCCAGCUUCUUCCCUCCGGGGUGGGAUCGUUAAUCUUCUAAGCCAAAGUAUCCGUUCUUUUCCUGUUUUUUGUUGUCUUUGUGAAGCAGUAAUUUCCCCUGAAUGACUCUGGCUCUGAUUUUUGUUUCAACACCUCAGUCCUGUCUGUAUUCAUUGGAAGACCUGAACGGAUGUAUCUGCCGCGAGCCUCCCUCGGGCGCAGCCUGCAGCUCGCUGCCAGCCCACUGCCUGGCCGCCCUGUGCCCGCGCCCGCUGGGUGCAGUGCUGCUUCCCAGGGCCCCUGGAGCUGUGCCGGGGAGUCCCCGCCCACCUGGGCGUUGCUGGUGGGCUCCGUGGCGUUCUCACAUGUGAGCCUCGUGUAGUGUUCUUUUUUGCAAUGACCUAUUUAUUGAACCUAUUUAUAUUUAUUUAAUUUUUACUUCGAAGUGUAUCUAGUUCCGUUUGCACUUGCUUAAAAGCACAUCACAUCUGCUUUGGACAGCACCCCUGACUAUUUUAAAACUGGAAAGGGAAGAGUCAUACUGUAUCCUUCCGUGGCAUGGAUGGCUUGUCUUGAAUGGGUGAAUAAUCUGGUUGGGGUAAAAUGCUAACUUUUAGGUGAUUUUUUUUUUUUUUUUAAUCAUGUGCCGUUGUGUCUUCUCUGUGGAUGGCCGUUUUACUCGGUGUCAGCGUGUGUUAAUUGUGUGAUACAAUCUUCUUUGUGGAAUCUAAAAUCCUCUUUUUAGCUUUAUAUUUUAUAAACUGCCAGAUUUUUACGUGUAUUUUUAUGUGUAUUUUUAAAGCUCGAUGAGAUGAGGGUCAUUAUCUAAGGUUAAAAGGUCUAUUUUUGUACUCCCUGUACAGUUUUAUAAUUCUGCUGAUCGGUGAUGGCAUCUUACGUUGAGCCAACCACAAAUAAAGGUCGUUUCAGAUUC